UUACACACCACCACCAAGCCUAUCUCCACCAUGCUACCAAAUACAAUGAACCUUCACACAAAGUAGUUUAUCACCGAGACCUCAGUUUUGAGGUACGAUUUAAUUUGUGUUAUUUAAUUAAAUCUAUUCUCUCUCUCUCUCUCUCUCUCUCUCUCUCUCUCUCUCUCUCUCUCUCUCUCUCUCUCUCUCUCUCUCUCUCUCUCUCUCUCUCUCUCUCUCUCUCUCUCUCUGUGUGUACACCAUGUCACUGCUCUCCCCACGGAGGAGAUAUAUAUAUUGCAUUGUAACCAUUACCAUGCUUUACGGACCACGGUGAGGGUUUUUCUCCCGCGCCACGCCUCGAACACUGUAAUCAGGCGGCCAUGAUGGAUCUGUUGCAGGUGCUGGGACGCAACGUGCGCGACUUCAUCAAUGAGCUGGACAACCUCCACGAGUACUUCCGCUUCUCCUUCCCCAAGGUGCAGCCGCCCAGCUUCUGCGUGGAGGAGGAGUGUGAGACCAGUCUCACACUCCACUAUCGCAGCACCCGCAAGGGCUUCACUCAGUUCGUCAAAGGCCAGCUCUCUCAGGUGGGCCGGCAGUUCUACAACACUGACAUCGAGGUGGAGAUCCUUUCCAAGGAGGAGACGGAGAAGAUGACAUACGUGGUGUACAAGAUGAACUUCGACAACGCGGCCUUCAAGCACCGCAUGCCCCAGCAGAAGACGGCGCCGGGCUACGAGAAGCUGCCAAUGAAGCGCGGCAUCUUCUUCGACAUGUUCCCAUUCAGUGUCAUCUUCCGCCGCGACAUGACAAUAUACCGCAUCGGAGACGGCCUCAAGGAGGUCUUCUCUGACCUCCAGGGCAAGAAGGUCAACGAGGAGUUCACACUGGUCCGGCCCAUGCUGGAGUUCAGCUGGGACAAUAUCUACUUCCAUCUGAACAACGUGUUUGAGCUCAUGUCCAAGGCAGUGGUGGAGAGCAAGCAGAAGGUCAACAUCCCUAAGCUCAGCAAGGAGGAGCCAGAGGAGAAGGAGGAGAAUGAAAAGGCCAAGAGGGAGGAGGAGCGAGACACCAUGUCAGUGGAGGAGAUGAAGGGGAGCGACCAGGAGUACAGCAGUGCCCUGACCCAGUACAACAGCUCUGCCAACUCCGGGGGAGAGGACAUCGAACUGCUGGCUUUCCAGACAGUCACUGGGAAGUGCAGCGAAACCAUCUUCGAGGACCUGCGAGAGCCCCCGAAGAAGCCCCUUCACCUGAAGGGCCAGAUGAAGUACGUCCCCCAGUGGGACUCCCUCAUCUUCCUGGGAACGCCCAUUAUCGAGACGGUGGAGGACAUGAUCAAGAUGGGGGUGUACGUCAACGACCUGAACCUCCACGACUCCAGCAGGGAGCUGAUCCUGGCCGGCACCCAGCAAUCGGCCGAGCUACAGCUGGCCCUGGAUCAGGAGCAACAGAAGUACGCCCAGCUGCAGGAGACCAUCAAGAAGCUGGACGAGGAGAAGAAGAGAGGCGACUCCUUACUGUACGCUAUGAUCCCAAAAGCAGUGGCCGACCGUCUGAGGAAGGGCAUCACGGCGCUGGAGACCUGCCAGGUGUUCCCAGACGUCACCAUCCUGUUCAGCGAUGUGGUGAAAUUCAAUGAGAUCUGCAUUCAUAUCACGCCGAUGCAGGUGGUGGACAUGCUCAACGAAAUCUACAUCGUGUUCGACACACUCAGCGAGAAACACAACGUGUACAAGGUGGAGACCAUCCGUGAUGCCUACAUGGUUGUGGCGGGUGUGCCCAACAAGACCACCUUCCACGCCCACCACAUCUGCGACAUGGCCCUGGACAUGCUGAGCUCCAUUGACCACCUCAAGGACCCCUCCACGGGGGACAACAUCCAGAUCCGAGUCGGGAUCCACACGGGCAUGGUGGUGGCCGGCGUGGUGGGGCUGAAGAUGCCUCGCUACUGUCUGUUCGGAGACACGGUCAACACCGCCUCCAGGAUGGAGAGCAACGGAGUAGGUAUGCAGAUCCACAUUAGCCAGACCACCAAAGACCACCUGGAACACGAGCCCUACAUCAUCGAGGAGAGGGGCAAGAUAUUUGUAAAGGGUAAAGGCUACAUGAAGACCUACUGGCUGAAGGGGAAGGAGGACCUGUCAUUCAAGACCCCGGCCGAACUGCGCUACAGCAGCGAGCAGAAGGACUCGGAGGACCGCAGCUCCAAGGGCUCCACCUGCACCGACGCCAAGCGCUCCACCUCCAACCUUCACAUCCGCACGGAGGAGCAGGCGGAGGGUAAGCCGACGCCCAGCGACCUGCCGCUGGACGCCAUGCACCCACCGGAGGGCGCUGGCGAGCACCCCGGCCUCUCAGAGGAUCUCCCGGAGCGGGAAAAGGCCAAAAAGACUAAGAUCAGCAAGAUGAGCCGGCUGGAGGUUCCCCCAGCCAAUCCCGUGCCGGAGUUGGCCGUCCCCGACGAAGCGCCGGAGAUCCCUGCGGGCCCCUUGCUCAACCACAAGAGGUACAGCUUCAGGCAGCAGUACGUCAAGCUGCCCUCCAGCCUGCCCAUGCGCAGCGCCUCCUGCUCUCUGCUGUGAGGGGACAUCGUCGUCCUGUCACACACACACACACACACACACACACACACACACACACACACACACACACACACACACACACACACACACACACACACACACACACACACACACACACACACACACACACCUACAUAUACACACACAUGUGUGCACGGGAAGGGUUCAGAGUCGUCCUGUUGGUUGAAGAAAAUCAUGGAUACAAGAUAUUGUAAGAUACAGUAAAUGAGACGUUAUAACAAUAUUUGGAGGUUACCCAUUGCCCGGAACACAAUUAAUGGCAUGUCGCAUCUGAGGCAGUAAGACAUCAAUAAAGGGUGCCUGUUUUACCCACCCAGAUCUGAUGUGGAUUAGUCAAUACAAGCAAUUUCACAAUAUAGCCAUUAGUGAAAUCACUGGUGGGGGAGUGUCUACCCAGAUGUACAGCAUGAGACCAGGCCAACCACUGAACCGGACCAACUAGUAGGUAGGAUGAUCUCACCUGGUGGUAAAGCAGGGGCACUUUUUAAAAGUGUAAAAGAAUCGCCUAUUUUUAGCACAAAUUCAAAUACUAAUAGAUCCAGCAAGGAGAUAAAUUGUUAUCCCCAUGUUCAUGACCCACGCCGACUUUAUGAGGUUGAAUAUGAAAUGCACCACAAACCAUGGUGUAUUACUAUAAGCCUCCAAGAUGCUUAACCUUCUCGGACGUGGACACCAACCUCAACCACUGCCCAGACGGAGCCCCACACAUCCGUACACACCAUGGCGUUAUACUACAGUAUACUAGGUGUCCGAAAGCUUAACCCUCUCUUGGCGCGGCCAUCAACAUCAAACGCUGGCCAGACUGAGCUCAACAAAUCCCCAACACACUUCGCCAGCUGUGUCCUUUCAUCGCGUCGUCAAAGGGCCUUUUCUGAGGCGGGAAAAGAACGCAACUUGAUUUUGGAGUAGAGUAGAGCGUUCACAACCUGGUUGGCAGGCAAGGCAAAAACAUAGGAUUUUAUACCUGCUUUCUCUAAAUAACUGUCUUAUUUUUGCAAAAUGACCUAAAGACAUUACGAUUACGACAUUAAGAUUACUUUGAUGAGAUUCCCAUCAGAGGUUUAAGCCCUUUUAAAACAAAAAACAAAAACAAUUAUGGGUUCACUACGCCUUUAAAGUCAAGCAGACAUGUUGGGCUUGGCGGGGUCAGAUGGGGACAGUGUCCAUCCAAUCAACACACUGAAUCAACACAGAGGAAGUCUAUCUCAUUCUUGAAAAGCUCAUACAAAGAAAGCCUACACAACACAUUUUAAAAGCCGUUCUUAUGAAAAGGAGUACAUAGAUCUUGCACCAGAUUGGUCUGGCAGCAAGUUUUGAUAUGUGUAAAUGGAGUUUCUCAAAUAAAUCCAAUACAUUUUGUAUGUAUGUAUUAACAAAGAGACCUGACAAUGAUAUUAAGAUGAUACCUUUUUGUAUUAUUGUUCAUGUUGAUAAGCCAUUUAUAACACUGAUAAUAUUACUGGUUAUAUUUGCAUGUAUGUGGAAUUAUAAAAGGAGGAAAAAUUGCAGGAAUAUCUUGGACGUUAUAAUUUUUGUGUAAUUUAUUUUGUGACCAGGAUUGCUUUCAGCUGCAUUCAGAGGAAGACAAAUUUUGGGGUGCUUCAUUUACACGGGUUCAAAUUAAUAUAUCAUUGAAAUGUAUUUGUUUGUGUGAAUUAGGCUAAUAGUACCUUCGAUUUGCCUAUUUAUGUUCACAGUCUUCAUCCUUAUUUGAAUCUCUGAUUUCCAUUUGUGAAAUGUCCAUCUGUCUGCUCUGUCUCACUAGCUGUUAGUCUUUCAUUUAUAUAAAAACGGAUGAACAGCCAACAUCCCGUCGUCUCUUCA